AUGCCAAGUCGUCUAAUAGUGACAUGUGUAGUCGGAAUUCUUGUCUUCGGAGCUCUGGUCGCAACAAUUAUAACUCCGAUUUUUCUCAGAAAAAAUCAGGAUGCAAAAACAACAAGUGCCUCAACCACGAAGUCCACAACAAUAACAACGACCACAACUACAACGACAAGCACAGUCAUUACCUGCGAAGCCCAUUCUUGUCAGAAUGGGGGAAUUUGUGAAGAAACCAACGACUCAAUUUUUUGCGCUUGUCUGGAUGGUUUUUCUGGUGAUUUUUGCGAGAUCGGUCCUUGUCCAAACAAUCCCUGCGAGUACGGCGGAGCGUGUUCCUUUUUCAAUGGUAGUUUUGUGUGCUCGUGCUUAGAUGGCUUCUCUGGAGAGCGAUGCGAAACUACUCCUUGCUCCGGGGAUCCGUGUGAGGAUGAUGCGAUCUGUACAAUUACUGGAAACACUUAUGUUUGCUCUUGCAAAGAUUGGGCACACGGAGAAUCGUGCGUGAUAACUCAGUGUUCCUAUGAGCCUUGUAAAUAUGGAGAGUGCAUGUUGUUCGGAGAAAAGCAUCUAUGCAAGUGUCCUUCUGACAUGUUCUCCGGCCGGCGAUGCGAAAUUAACCCCUGCGAGCAAAACAGCAAUGAUGCAAGCAAACCACCAGCUUGCUUCAACGAUGGAGUCUGCUCAAUGGACGGCGAUGAUUUCAAGUGCGAUUGUCCCGAAUUUUACUCCGGAAAAAGGUGCGAAAUUCAUCCUUGCAUGGAUUUUCCUUGUCAAAAUGGAGGGGCCUGCGAAAUUACUGGUGACGACUCUUUCAUUUGUGAUUGUCCUCUGGGCGCUUCUGGAAAUACUUGUGAAGAAAUAACGGAAACAACAAAUAAGUGCUUCGAUCUUGAGUGCGACGGAGUUUGCCUUGAAAUGAAAGACGGACAACCCAAGUGCUUUGGAAACUCACUCGUUGGCUUCGUCAACAAUGAUGAUUUUAAUUACACGAUGAGUUGUGGUCCGAUUCAUGGUUCGACGAUGGCCACUUCACCUGAAAUCAAAAUCCAUCAUUUCGAUAUCGUCCCGAGUUUUAGAAAAAAUGAAUACUUUAUCAACACUCAUGGCUGCGGUAACACAGGCAACUGCAGAGCUAGCUUUCCUAAAGGAAGGGUCUGUAAAUCUGAUAUUCGAAGCCGGGAAAAAAGAACCAGACUACAGAACCCUGAAAAGACAAGUCUUCUGAAGGUGGACUCGUUUUUCACCAAGAAAAAGAUGGAUGAUUGCUUUUGGACGAUCAAAGAUACUCUUGACCUAAACCUCGCUUGGAGAGCUCAAGAAAUAGAAUGUCCACCUGGAACCGGUGUCUGUUACUAUGUUAACGAGAUUGAGAUUCUUCGCUUCGAUGCCAACGACGAGCGUUUCCGAUGGACUCUUAGAUCGAAUGCAACGGAUCUUCUUUGA